AUGUUUGACGUCUUGAAAAUAUUGGCAAGGAGAGAUGUAUUAUCUCAAAGGGUAUCAUAUGGUUCUAUUAUUUCAGAUAAACCAUGGGACAAUUUAUACCAAUCUAAUAUUACCUUUUCACUUUCAUUUAGUGUCUAUGAUAAUCGAAGUGGGCCCGAUGAUAUGUCAUUCGAUGCUAAAGUUCGUCUAGAUGUUUGUAUCUUUGUUGGUUUAUUUAAAGUUUGUGUAUU